AACCGAAAGAGAAAGAGAAGAGAAUGCAAGUUUAAGGCUAAUAGUAAGGACUUUAGUUAUCCCUUCAUUUUCGACUAGCUCCAUCAUCAGGUCCAAAUUAUAAUUUGUCCAAUACUAUAUUUAGUGACCAAAUACCUACAAAACUAAUGAUAUUUCCAUCACCCCCAGCUAUAUUCAGGUCUAAUGUAUUUUGUGCUAAUUAGCUAUUGUUAAAUGGUUAAAUUCUGCCUUUUGUCUUUGCUGAUACUGCAAGCCCUUUAAGGUAGUCUUUCUGUUAGCUUCCUUCUCUAGCUCAACAUGCUUCGUGAGCAUUUCCCUAUUUCUUGGACUAAUGUUGAUAAAUGGUCCAUGGGAGUCUAGAGUGGAGCCCUUAAAAUGGUAAUAAGUAAUACUUUCUACCCCUUUAUAGCAUAUUAUGACCAUGAUGCAUGUGUAGACCUUAUUAGGUGUGUUGAUCAAUGCCAGGGCCUAGGCCAGGCGCUAACGUCUCUUAAUUUCAACAUAUUCUACCUCUUAGCAUUUAUAGCUGCUCCAAGAUGGAGGAUGAGCAGUGUCAUAAUACAUUUCCACUUCAAAGCUGAAACAGAUGUUUUGUAGACUGACAACCAGAUGACAAAGAGGACCAUUAAACAGUUUAAUCAUAGCUUAUUACUUAUUUUAGAACAUGUGGAUUUAACUACCUCUAGUCUCACAGCUGCUCAUAUUAGGUAAGGCCCGCCCUCUUGAGAUUGACAACCAAUCAAAACAACCUGUUACAGUAAAUGGUAAAUGGACUUCUACUUGUUUCUGGUUGAGAUUGGGCUUGAGACCUGCUUAGCCUAUGCCUUGAAAACAAUAGGGGAGGAAGGCGGCGAUGUCUGUCUAUCGAUCUCCUCAACUGCAUUUCGGUAGCAAGGACAGCGACGCCCGGACACGCCACACACAACAGCGCUAUCCAUAUGAGAAAAACUCAUAAUAGUUCAUGUUAAUGCAUAAUGAAUAAUGAUAUAACUCACAAAUCUAAUGUGCACUUUCGUCAAACAUUUAUAUGAUCCUUAUUUAAUGUUCUUUUGGGGAUUUUUGGGGUAAUGCAUAUACUAUUAAAUAACUAAAUGAAUAAAACCUGAUGCUGGAGCUGAUCCAGCUGAUAUUGGGCGAAGGCAGGAUACAGUGAAAGACAAUCUUACGAUACUUGUGCCACAUUUCUUUUGUUUAAUGAAAGUACUGAACAUUUCUCUUUCCCAUCUUGCAAUGUUAAGAAAUCCUUUGAAAAAUCCCUGGAUUGACUGUGUUUUGUAUUUGUUGUUGAUUCACAGAUUUAGAUGAGUGCCAGCUACAGGGUGUGUGUCCUAAUGGAAACUGUCUGAACACCGUGGGCAGCUACAGGUGCAUGUGUAAACCCGGCUAUGUCCCUGACCCCACACUCACCACUUGCAUAUCCAACACGCCUGCCAUCCAAGAGGAGAAGGGGGCUUGCUUCCGUUUGGUCAGCUCAGGGAGGCAAUGUUUGCACCCAGUAUCUACCCAGCUGAGCAAACAGCUCUGCUGCUGCAGUGUGGGUAAAGCCUGGGGCCCUCGUUGUGACAAAUGCCCCCCUCCAGGAACAGCUAAGUUCAAAGACAUCUGUCCGGGUGGAAUGGGCUACACUGUUCUACCAAAUCCGCCUGUCAAUAAGCCAGUCAUCACUUACCAGGAGCCCAAUGACCCACUACCCCCCCAACCCUUGCCAACACCAGAGAGACCAGUGGAGGCCUUUGGGAAACCAGAAGAGAUUAUACCAGUAGCAGCAACUUCACCAGAUCAGGAGCUGGUAGUUCCUAUGGUUAGUAAUAGGCCAGUAGUUGAACCUAUCCAGCCCCAGCUAUCUCCAGGUGUAUCCACUGUCAGGAUCGAGGCAGCCUACCCAGAAGUUGUUGAGAGGAACUCUCCUCCUACACCAGUGGAGAUCCUCCCAUCUAAUGCAGGCCAGGACAUCGCUCCCACCCAGUCAGCAGAGGUAAAUGAGUGCCAGAUCAACCCUUAUAUUUGUGGCAUGGGGAUUUGUUACAACACAGCUGAGGGUUACACCUGCCACUGUGAUGAGGGAUACCGCCUGGAUGACGCCCAAACCACCUGUAUAGAUGUAGAUGAGUGUUUGGAAAGCACAUCUUUGUGCUUUGGCGGUCGCUGCGAGAACACAGAGGGCAGUUUUCUGUGUGUGUGUUCGCAGGGAUUCCUUGUCAAUGAGGAGCGAAACAGUUGUUUUGGUACGUACCCUCAACUCAUGCUGCCAGAGCUCGUAUCUUUCUCACACACAUUCCUAUUCAUGCACAAACAUACCUCAACACACAUGCUGUAUGUAACACGCACCCAACAUUUGCAACAGAAACUGAUGUAAUUAGAACUUGGUUAAGUGUGCCCAUACAUCUCGCCCAUCUAACAAUGUUUUUUAUGAAAGUGAGAUGCCUUUUGCUUUUUUCCACUUUGCCCAUCACCUGGGAAAUGAAAACACGUGUUAAAUCAUCCAGUGUAAGUGAUAUAACUGGCCUUCAAUAGGUAAUAAUCGAGACAAAAGCCUAUAGCCUUGCCAAUAGUGUCCCUACUGCCUCCAUGUUCAUUACACUCUACCAGGAAAACCGAAGAUGGAGAUCAGCUUUAUGAUCAUUUUGCUAUAGUCUGCGCUAUAUUAACCAUGGGAUCCUUAAUAAUUUUAAUGAAAUUGACAGUGAAAAAAUGUAUACAUGAAGAAAUUAAAUUACAUUUAAGAAUUGUCCGAUUCUGGCCCAUCUGUGCUGUCAACCCUGAAACAUACCGUCAUCGUGGAUGAGUGCGAAGCAACAGGGAUAGGACCCAAAUGCAGAAGAUGCAGACAGACUGGUACCAUUCAAUGAUAUCUACUACAGUGAAAGUAUGUUUAUUGGCAGGUGCAAGUAAGGAGGCAGUUACAGAUAGAAGUAAAGGUAGGCAGACAGGCAUGUUCAGGUAUAGGUACGGGGUCAGAAUCAUGGCACGGUUCAGGUUCUGGUGACUUGAAAGCAAAGCUACAAAGCACAUGGCAAGGGGAACCAAAGAGAUGGGUGGCCUAGGGACUCGACAGCAAAGGAGCAGGAAACCUCAGACAGCCGGCCUGGAAACUGGACAGGGCGGAGCAGGAGACCUCAGGUGGCAAGCCCAGCAGAGCCAUUGGGCUGGGCAGGUUGGUAGGACGACAAGAAAGUGGGGCGCAGGGCGUAACUGGUGGUCAGGAGGCUGGAGUUCAGGAAAGGUGUAGUUCCUAGCAGGGUGCUGGGCAGGAGGCUGGCAACAGGAAUGCAGAGCAUCUAGGACAGGUGUCGCCAAUAGGCGGACCGCGGUCCGGAUCCUGACUCAGACGCCGUUGUAUCCGGACCCAGGACCUAAAACCGAUA